AUGACCCCCCCGGGGUUCCAGCCCCUGGCGAGGGGCCUGACCCCGGCGCCGGCAGGGUCUGGGGUGGGGACAGCAGAAGGACCGCGGGUGAACUCUCCCAGCCUGGCAAACCGCCUCGCCAUAAACCCCGCUGCCGGGGCUGGGAAGCCGAUAACGGCGGGGCUGAAGUCCAACGCGGGGCUGGUCCUGGGGAGCAGAUUCCAGCCCAGGGCUCGCGGCGUGGCCUCCCCUGCCAGCCCCAUGCCUCUCCUGGCUCCGUUUUACCCUCGCCGUGGCCCGGAGGCCGAGAUGGCUGGGCAGGAGGUGCUCGCCCUCCUGCUGCUGCUGGCCGGGACCAUCUUCCCCGGUGGGUCCACGGUUGUCAACAGCUGCAGCAGCGCAGCCGAGCAGCUCUGCGACUUCGUUUUCAGCCCGGUUGUCUCCCCCGUAGCCGGGACCAUCUUCCCCGGUGGGUCCACGGUUGUCAACAGCUGCAGCAGCGCAGCCGAGCAGCUCUGCGACUUCACCUGCGACUGCAGCGACUGCUCCGACGAGAACCAGUGUGGGUACCUGUGGGGCUCAGCCGCGCUGGGCACCCCCUUCACCUGCGAUUUCGAGGAAGGCGACUGCGGCUGGCGGGACGUGAGCACCUCGGCUUACAGAUGGGUGCGGGGCCGGGCCAGCCUGGCCACGUGGGGCACGGGUCCCCACUCAGACCACACUGUGGGCACCGACCUGGGGUGGUUCAUGGUGACCGUGUCCCCCUGGGCAAAGACCACGGCGACGGCCUGGCUCAGGUCACCGGUGAUGCAGGAAGCAGCCGCCACGUGCGAGAUCAGGGCCUGGUACCACCUCUCGGGAAGCGGGCUCAACCAGACGGAGCAGCCGGUGCUGCGCCUGGCCAUGGUGUACAGGGACGAGGCGGUGGGGCUGUGGCAGAGCCCCGAGCGCGGAGGCGAGGGCUGGCACCAGCUGGUCGCCUACACAGGCCGGAUCACGGGGCAGUUCCAGCUCAUCUUCUCCCUGACACAACCACCUGCGUGCGGGGUAGAGCUGGCGCUCGACGACAUCAUCUUCAGGAACUGCGGCUUGCAGGAGCCCAGGCAACAGGUCUGCGGGGCGGAGGAGAGCGCCUGCGGCCAGGGCUCCUGCCUGGCACGGCACCGCUUCUGCGACGGCACCGAUGACUGCGGAGACGGCUCGGACGAGGAUCCAAAGUUGUGCAAGUCCUUCCUCCGCUGCUCCUUUGAGCAAGAUCUCUGCAACUGGAAGGCAGAGGUCGGGCAGCUGGCAUGGGAGAGGAACACGAGCCUGAACCUGGGGACCGCGUACAGCAUCCCCACCCGGGACCACAGCAAUAACAGCAGGGCAGGUUUUUUCCUCCACGUGGGCAGCGAUUCGGCAGCGGGGGCCAGCGGCCCGGCCCAGCUCAGCAGUCCCAUUUUCCAGGCCACCAACUCCUGCUCCCUUGUGCUGUACUGCUACCUCCACGGCUCCACCACCACCCACCUCAGCAUCUCCUAUGUGAUCAAAUCCACCAAGUACCUGGUGAGGGAGAGGAUGGGGGACCUGGGCAGCUGCUGGGUCCGGGAGAGAGUGGACUUCAAUGUGACGGACAGCUUCAAGGUGCUGAUCGAGGGGGUGGCCAGCGGCACGGGGACCGUGGCCAUCGAUGACCUGAUCCUGUCUCCGGGCUGCAUUCAGGCACAGGAGAAGCUUUUGACCCCGCUGCCAAGCCGGGCGCGUGCCGGCCCCUGCGCGGCUCAGGAGGUGGCCUGUGACAGCGGGGGCUGCAUCAGCGCGGAGCUGGCCUGCGACUUUGCCAAGACGUGUGCCGAUGGCUCCGACGAGAAGCGCUGCGGAGCGACCACCUUCGAGGCAGGGCCUGGGGGCUGGCACGAUGUCAGCGUGGGACGGCUGCGCUGGGCUGUGCAGAGGGCCACCAAGGCUGCCGACACCGUCCUCACAGGUGCAGGGGCUUUCCUGGGACUCCAGGCAGGAGAAGGACAAAUGGUGGCUGCUGCAAAGGCACGCACGCCUCUGCUGGGCCCCUCCGGCCCUGCCUGCACCAUGGAGAUGAGCUACCACAUCCACGGCGGCCCUCAAGGCUUCCUCGCCGUCAGCAUCGCGGAUCACACCGCUGGCACCACCCAGCUGGCCUGGCACACGCCAGCACACAGCAGCGCAGCCGGGGGACACGUCCGCAUCCCACUGGGGGAGAGGACACGGCCCUUCCAGGUGCGCCUGGGGGCACAGGGACCAGCCCGGGUGGCACCCCGGGGCUCACCGCCGCCGUGCCAUCCCCAGGUUGAGCUGCUGGGGCUGGUGGAUCUGCAGGACUCGGCGAGCGCCGCCGUUGACAACGUGAUGUUUGUGCAGUGCCACCCCAACGUAGUGCCGCCGGGGGCUGCGGAGCUGACCUGCAACUUCGAGAGGGGCAUGUGCGGCUGGUACCAGGAUCAGUCCAGCGACUUCCAAUGGGUCCACGGCACAGGGCAGGGGCAAGGCUCUGACCACACCACUGGCUUGGGCUACUUCUUGGCUGCGGACCCCUCUGCGCCGUGGAGCCGUGGGCAGCGGGCACGGCUCAUCACCUACCGCCAGGAGCCCGCCGCCACCCCGCACUGCCUCUCCUUCUGGUACCGCCUGGCCGGCCCGCAGAUCGGCACCCUGAACCUCAAGCUGUGGCUGGAGGGAGCGGAGGAGACGGUGCUGUGGACCCAGCGAGGGACCCAAGGCAGCAUCUGGCACAGGGGCCGGGCGACGCUGCCUGCCACAGGCCGGCGGCAGUACCGGGUGGCCUUCGAGGCCCUGCGGGAUGGGUUCCUGGGGGACGUGGCGUUGGAUGACCUGGCGCUGACGGCGGGGCCCUGCGGGGCCGAGCUCUCCUGCUCCUUCGAGGCGGAUGCCUGCGGGUUGGUAGCCAGUGGGCAGAGCACCUGGCUGCGGCAGAGCAACAGCACCGGCACCACCACCGGCCCCCUGGCUGACCACACCACUAGCACCGCCGCAGGCCAUUACAUGGUGGUGAGCACGGGCUGGGGCUCCCUGCCUGCGGGGCGUGCAGCUGCCCUCACCUCCCAGCCCUACCAGCCCUCCGCACCUGCCCAGUGCCUGGCCUUCUGGUACCAGCUGAGCACCGGGACCCCAGGCUCCCUCGGCGUCUUUGUGGAGCAGAGCGGGGUGCGGAGGAAGGUGAUGGGUGUGAGCGCCAUGGAGGGGGACGCCUGGCACCGCGGCCACGUCACCGUCCGGCCAGAUGGGGACUGGCAGGGGGGACGGGGGGGGGGGGCCGGGGGCUCCCUCGGCGUCUUUGUGGAGCAGAGCGGGGUGCGGAGGAAGGUGAUGGGUGUGAGCGCCAUGGAGGGGGACGCCUGGCACCGCGGCCACGUCACCGUCCGGCCAGAUGGGGACUGGCAGGCGAUAUUCGAGGCAGUGGGAGCUGGGGGCGACCACGGGUACAUCGCGCUGGACGACCUGCACGUGUCGGACGGAGCCUGCCCCGAGCCAGUGUCCUGUGACUUCGAGCGGGACAUGUGCGGCUGGAGCAGCCCCGCAGACCCCCGCCUGCACGGCUUCGCCUGGGGCUGGAAAAAAAGCGGGGUCCCCCUUGCCAAGUACCCUGGCCCCGAGCAGGAUCACACCCUGGGCACAAGGAACGGUCACUACGUGCACUUUGACACCAGCGUGCUGGGCCCGGGGGGCAUCACUGCCCGGCUGGAGAGCCAGCACCUGCCUGCUGCUGCCGACUCCUGCCUGCGGUUCUGGUACCACAUGGACAUCCCGGAGCACCUCUCCAGCGGGGAGCUGCGGGUGAUGGUGCGCAGCGCGACGGGGCAGCGCACGGUGUGGAGCGUGGCGGGGCACCGGAGCCGGGGCUGGCGGGACGGCGUGGUGCCUGUGUGGAGCCCCAGCGAGUUCCAGAUCAUCUUUGAGAUCACCACCCAGAGGUGGCCGAUGGAGGGGACGGUGGCGCUGGACGACAUCGCGUACAGCGCCGCGGGGGGCUGCCGUUCCAGCCCGGAGGUGCCCGUGGAAGAGAAAUCCUCCAGCGGCUUUGUGGCAGAGGUGGCGCUCAGCCUUCUCCUGGUCAUCAUCGUCCUGGUGCUGGUGGCUGUCGGAGGCUGGUACUUGCUGAAGCGGCAAGGGCUGGCGAGCGGGACACCAGCGGAGAGCGGUCCUCCCCAGGGCUUCGACAACAUCACGUUUCGAGAUGACAAGGUCAUCAUAUCUCCAGUGCCAGCGGAGGGGGACGAGGACUGA